AUGUCUGAAAGCAGAAGCAGCAGCAUGCGCAAUAUUUGCUUCCUAUGUAUUUUCAUCAACUUCUUCUCUCACUUUGCUCAUCCACUCUCCUUCACUAUAGAUCAGUUCGACGAGAGUGCAAAUGGAGUUGUCUUUGAAGGUGAUGCCAAGUUUUCGUCGGGAGUGAUUGAGCUUAACCCAGGCACGUACUUCGACGUUGGCCAUGCUACAUACGCAGAGCCUCUGCACCUAUAUGACACUGCCACUGGCUCACUGGCAGACUUCACUACUCAUUUCACUUUCAAGGUCGACUAUGGUACUCUUAAUGAAGGUUGGAAGUUCAGCGACGGAAUUGCCUUCUUCCUUGCUCCUGUUGGCUACGGCAUUCCACCAAACUCUGGCGGUGGCGAACUGGGAUUGUUCAACACCACCACCAAUUUUAAUGACUUCUCCAACAACAUGAUUGUAACUGUAGAGUUCGACAGCUGGGGAAACGACUGGGAUCCACAUCCCCCCGCCGCGCAUAUUGGGAUCAACAUCAAUAAAAUAUCCUCAGCUAUAACUGCCAACUGGAGUCCCAGUGACAUCAUCACCGGCAAGAUUGGUAAUGCAUGGAUAACUUAUAACGCUACCGCCACCAAUCUUACUGUGUUUUGGACAUUCGAUGACAUCACCGGCCGCGUUGAUCCAAACAUAUCUAGUACUUCUUCCCUUACUUACCAAGUUGACUUGCAAAAGAUUCUCCCGGAAAGGGUCACAGUUGGUUUUUCUGCUUCUUCCGGAUUAUUCCUUGGCCGGCAUUUUUUAUGUUCAUGGACAUUUAAGUCGACUUUGUUGGAUAAGGAUAUUAUAAGAGGAGCAGAAAGCAAAAACAGAGGAGCAGAAAGCAAGAGAAACAAGAAGAAGAUACUCUUGAUACUGGACAUUGCAGUACCUGCUGGCUUCAUUUUGACGCUUGGUGCGGUGAUCAUAUGUUGGUUGAUGGUAUUAAGGAACCGGAGAAACAAUUACUCAGGCGAAGUCUCUGAUCUUGAGAAGCUAGCCUUUCCAAAACGAUUUGCUUACCAAGAAUUGGUUGCUGCCACAAACGGGUUUGCCGACGAUAGAAGGCUAGGCCAAGGAGGGUCAGGACAAGUAUACAAAGGACUCUUAAAGGACUUUGGAGGCUGCACAGUUGCCGUGAAGAGAAUCUUUGCAAGACCUGAUCAGAAAUAUGAGAAAGUCUUCAUCAAUGAAGUCAAAAUCAUAAGCCGCUUGAUCCAUCGGAACCUGGUGCAGUUCAUUGGGUGGUGUCAUGAGCAAGGGGAAUGCUUACUUGUUUAUGCAUACAUGCCAAACACCAGCCUCGACACGCAUCUAUUUUGCAACAGACCAACCCUGCAAUGGCACAACAGGUACAAGAUAGCUUUCGGCUUGGCCUCAGCGCUUCACUAUCUACACGAAGAUGCAGAGCAGUGUGUACUUCAUAGAGAUGUCAAAUCAGCUAACGUACUGUUGGAUGAUGACUUCAGCAUUAAGCUUGGUGAUUUCGGUAUCGCUAAGCUUGUAGAUCCCCGGUUGAGGUCUCAGACAAGAGGGGUGGUAGGGACUUUUGGAUACAUGGCACCGGAAUAUGCUACUGAAGGGAGGGCUAGUAAGGAAUCUGAUAUGUUUAGUUUUGGAGUUGUAGCCUUGGAAAUUGCUUGUGGAAGGAGGACUUACCAAGACGGUGAAUAUCACCUGCCACUAUUUAGGUGGGUUUGGCAGUUGUUCCUUGCAGGAAAUAUUCUAAACGCAGCUGAUGAAAGAUUGGAAAUGAAGUAUGAUCCAAAUGAAAUGAAAUGCUUAUUGAUUGUUGGACUAUGGUGUACUCACCCCAAUCACAAGGCAAGACCAAAAGCAGGACAGGUGAUGAAGGUUAUUCAGCAUGAGGCACCAUUGCCGGAACUUCCACAAGACAUGCAUAAUGAUCCAGAAGUACCUCAUUACCAGUCUCAAAUUGCAUAUUCUCGAUCAGAUAUACCUCCUCAACAAACCUAG